CAUCAAAACCGCGCAACAGUCGGGUGUGAGUGAAAAUAAUUUAAAAUUAAAAAAACCGAUAAACUUUCUUGUGACGUGUCAAAUAAAAAAAAAGUGAAACGAUGGGUGAAUUGGGUAACAAGAUUGGACUGGACGAACUCUCUGGAGGCGCGAAGGGCAUCAGUAAAGCGUUGCUCGCUGAAUUUAUUGGUAAUUUGCUGUUGAACUUGUUCGGAUGUGGGGCGUGCAUCAACAUCUCGCAGGGUCUGGAAGGAGCGCCUGACAUCGUACUGAUAGCCCUCGCUUUCGGUCUGUCUGUCUUCGCUAUUGUUUCAGCUAUAGGUCAUGUAUCAGGAGGCCACGUAAAUCCAGCUGUUACCGCCGGUAUGGCUGCCACUGGAAAAAUUAAGCCCGUCCGUGGAAUCCUUUACGUGAUAGCUCAAUGUGCGGGUGCAGCAGCUGGUUCUGGACUACUUAAGGCAUUCACACCUGACGAAGUUGCUGGCAAACUCGGCGUCACUGGACUCGGGAAGAACGUGACGCAGUUACAAGGAUUUGGUAUUGAGUUCUUCCUCGGAUUUGUCCUCGUGUUUGUCGUUUGCGGGGUUUGCGACCCAAACAAACCCGACAGCAAAGCUACCGCUCCUCUCGCCAUCGGCCUGACGGUCACACUGGGACACUUGUUGGCGGUGGACUACACUGGCUCCGCGAUGAACCCAGCUCGCUCCUUCGGCUCCGCGCUGGUCGCUAGCGAAUGGGCUGAUCACUGGGUGUACUGGGCGGGCCCGGUGGCAGGCGGCGUGGCGGCGGCUCUGCUGUACGUGCACGGCUUCUCCGCUCCGCCGACCGACGCGCCCUCCCCGCGCUACCGACCCGUCGCCGCCGACGAGAAGGAGCUAAAGCGUCUAGACGGCAAGAACGACGACAUGGCCUGAAAACGAUUGCCGCGGCGUUGCCCGCGCGCCCCCUCCCCCCUCUCCGUCCCCCGCGACACCCGCCCGAUGCACUACCAGCGAUACGUAUGAACAGUACCUUCAAAACAAGUGAUUAUUAAUCAUAAAUGUAAUCAUGAACAGUUUAUAUCAAUGAAUAAACAUUCGAACUUUAGUAAUAUUAUACAAAGAUACAGCUAGUUGGUAUCAUGUAUAAUUGCUAAGAAUUUUUGACAUAUGUUAUGUAACAAUAUAUCUGCAAGUACAAUUAAAUUAUACACAAAUGUCAAAUCUUUUGUAUAACUAUAGAGAUGUAUACUUACUUUAUAAUAUAAAGCAAUCUCGUUCUAGGUUUAAUGUUUCGCUCUGCGCGAAUGUGUGUGAUGAAAAUAUUUUUUUAUAAAUAAUUUAUACAGAAAUGUUUUUAUUUGAGUGCUCUUCGAAUUCGAACAAUGUUAAAACUUUACUGCCACCUUUAUUUAAUAAUUGUUAACAAACGGCUCGAAUUAUAUCACAAUAUUUUGGAGUAUGUAAUCAAAAUAUUUACCUUUGUGCGUGAGAAUGUUAAAAAAAUAUAUAAAAUUAUAUUUAAUACUAAAUUAUUUACUGUAAUUUUUAUUAGCAUAAUUUUUGUAUUUAUUAUAAAUCAUAAAAAAACGUCAGAAUUAUAAAUUUAAAAGUAUAAGUAAAAUUUAAAUAUACAUUUAAUAGUUUUCUGAAUUAUUCGAAUUUUGACAUUACAAUUAUUGUAAACAGUUUGUUUAUUUAAUCCAAAAUAUCAGUUUUCAUUAAUAAUUUCCUUUCUUAUGAAUAAUACAAAAAUAAAUGUCUCUUGUGUUGCACAGACACUUGAAACACCACCGAUGUCAUUCGUACAUUUAUAAUUAAAUUAAGUUAUAAAAUACUCUCGCAUGUUAUCAUUUAAACAAACACUGCAUUGAGAUAAAGAUUUGUGUCAAUAACUACGUCCUAGAAUAAUUUGAAAUAAUUAUAUUAAUUAAUAAAUGUAUUUUACUUCA